AUGGCUCGUCCCCGAAGUUCCAUCUGUGUAUCUGAUCUAAUUCCUUCUAUGAAUGAAAGAAUGAUGGGAAGAUUCAUAAUAAUUAGAAGAUUUCGUUGCUCUUCACGUUUGGACACGUUGGAGCUAAUACUAGCCGAUGAAAAGGGUGACAGGAUACAAGCUUCAAUUGGUUUGGAUUGUUUGGCUUAUGAUUCAAGUAGACUUGUCGAAGGAACGUGGAUAUUUAUAAAAGAUUUUGGCUUGGUCGACGCUGUUGGGUCUGUUAGGCCAACUAGGCAUGCCUAUAAAAUUCUUUGGAUUCCAUCGACUUUUUUUAAGAGAACUGUGGUUACUGCUUCUGUUGACUAUUUUAAGUUUGUACGUUUUGAAGAUGUUCUUGCUGGUUUAGUCGAUCCAAGUGUUUGUGUUGAUUUGAUUGGUGUUCUCAUGUGUGUUGGAAAUUAUGACGAGGAUGAGGGAAUGAAUAGUACGUGGGAGCAGAUAUAUUUGGAGUUAGAGAAUGUUAGGGGUAUUCGUAUUCGCUGUCGCUUGCCGAAGGGGUAUGCCACGAAAUUUUUUUCUGGUCUGAAGACUUGUGCUGAUAAUAUCAUCCUGUGUGUGAUGCGAUUUGCUAGACUAGAGCUUUCUCGAGGUGAUAUGAGGGCUACUACUCUGUGUACCUGCACAGAACUUUUAUUCAAUCCUUCGUGUGAUGAAGCUUCGAGGAUGCGUCUUGCUUUUGCUUCCGUGGAGAGAAAACUAUUUUGA